CGCUCUUUUCUCUCCGCUGCGCCCCGCUCCCUGACGGAGUCUCCUCGACGUUGCCUUUCCUCUCCUCCUCCUCCGUCGGUCUUCCUUGACUUGAGGCAUUCCCGCCGCCAUGGCCAACCCAGUCGUCUUCUUCGAUAUCCAGGCAGAUGGGGAGCCCCUCGGCCGCAUCACUAUGGAGCUGUUUGCAGACAAGGUUCCACAGACAGCAGAAAAUUUCCGUGCCUUGAGCACUGGAGAGAAAGGUUUUGGAUACAAAGGUUCCUGCUUCCACAGAAUCAUUCCUGGGUUUAUGUGCCAGGGUGGUGACUUCACCCGCCAUAAUGGAACAGGGGGCAAAUCCAUUUAUGGUGAGAAAUUUCGUGAUGAGAACUUCCUCCUCAAACACACAGGCCCUGGUAUCUUGUCUAUGGCAAACGCUGGUCCCAAUACGAAUGGGUCUCAGUUCUUCAUCUGUACUGCCAAAACUGAUUGGUUGGAUGGGAAGCAUGUGGUCUUUGGCCAUGUUAGAGAGGGAAUGAAUGUUGUGGAAGCAAUGGAGCGCUUUGGAUCAAGAAAUGGCAAGACAAGCAAGAAGAUCACCAUCAGUGACUGUGGGCAGCUGUCAUAAAAUUCCUUUUGUCUUAACAACCAACCAUUCCUUCUGUAGCUGGGGUUAGUCCCCUGUAAUCCUUGUUCCUGACUUACUGCUGCUUUUCUAUUGGGUUUCAAUUUCUGCUCCCUCACAAGUCCCACUGGACUGAAGACAACGUUGUUUGCAAAACAAAAUAAACAAGUUAAACCACC